AUGACGCGCAACGACGUCACCGAGCUCGUCGUCUUCAACCGCAUGAAGAAAGGGAUCACGUGGGCGUCUCUCGCCGAGGCAUGCGGCAAGAGCGUCCCGUGGACCACGUCCGCGCUGCUGGGCCAGCAUCAGAUGUCCAAGGAGAUGGCGCAGGCUGCGGGUGCCAUGCUCGAUCUACCCGACGAUGCGGUCAUGCUCCUGCAGCACGUGCCGUACAAGGGCACCGGGUCCAUCCCGGUGGGCCAGACGGUCCCGACGGACCCGCUCAUCUACAGGUUCUACGAGAUGGUCAUGGUGUACGGCAGCACGUACAAGGAGCUCAUCCACGAGGAGUUCGGCGACGGGAUCAUGUCCGCCAUCGACUUCGACAUGGAGUUUGGCCGGCAGGCGGAUCCAAACGGGGACAGGGUGAAGAUCACACUCACGGGCAAGUACCUCAAGUACAAGCAGUUCUGA